CAAAAAACGAUGAUUAAGGAUGACGUAUCUAUUAUUGCUCCAACCCUUAAAGAACUCAAAGCCAAUUUCUUGACUAAAAAGUCUCGACCAAUCCCCUUUAGACUUCAACAGUUGCAUAACCUACUGAGAGGCCUUAAGGAAUUAAGAAAUGAGUUUUACGAGGCUUUUCAGAAAGAUUUAGGAUACAAAGACUAAUACUUUUGUGAAUUGGUAUAGUAUUAAGCAGUGUUAACCCAUAUUGAAUGUGAUAUCAAAAACAUCUACAAAUACACAGCCAAGAGAUCCGUCAGCACAUCCAUCAUGGCAGCUCCAGGAACAAGUUAUUUAAUACCAGAACCCUACGGAGUUGUCUUAGUAAUAGGAGCUUGGAACUAUCCAAUCUUCACUUGUAUCCCUUAACUAUCCCAAGCUAUAGGAGCAGGAAAUGCAGUUGUUGUAAAACCCUCUGAGUUGGUUCCUCAUGUUUCGAAUAUCUUAGCAAAAUUGAUAACGAAUUAUUUGGAUCAAUCUCUCUAUCGUGCAAUAGAGGGAGGAGUUAAUGUAGCAAUUAAUAUUACCAAAUAACAUUUUGAUCUUAUCAUUUUUACAGGAGGAACAGAAAAAGGAAAACUAGUAGCCAAAGCUGCAGCCGAAAACUUGGUUCCUUGUAUCUUAGAACUUGGUGGCAAAGGACCCUGCAUUAUUGAUUCAUCAAGUGACUUAGCCUUAGCUGGAAGAAGAGUAGUUUCUACAAAAUUAUUGAAUUGUGGUCAAACAUGUGUUGCUCCAGAUUAUUUGUUAGUGGAAGAAUCAAUCCUAGAUAACGUUGUCAACACUUUCAAAUAAUAAAUAAAAGACUUCUAUGGACCUGAAACCAAAAAUUCUGAAUGUCUGAACAGAAUAGUUAAUGAAUUCCAUACCAAUAGAAUUGCUGAAUUAUUAAAUAAUCAUGGAGGUAAGGUUGUUCAUGGUGGUUAAUUUGGCUUAAAAGAAAAGUGGAUUGAACCAACAUUUGUAGUUAAUCCUGAUCCUAAUAGUGAAUUGAUGAAGAAUGAAAUCUUUGGACCAAUACUUCCUAUUAUAACCUAUAAGAACAUCGAAGAUGCUAUUAAUUUUAUCAAUUCUAGACCUAAACCAUUGGCUCUCUAUUAUUUUGGUACAAAUAAAGCCCAUAAGAAUGCUAUUCUUGAAUCUACAUCAUCAGGAGGUGUUUGUAUUAAUGAUUGCAUCUUUCAUUUAAUUAAUCAAGAAUUGCCAUUUGGAGGAGUAGGUGAUAGUGGCUAUGGAGUUUGUGGUAGUAAAUUUGGAUUUGAUCAAUGCCAACAUCUGAAACCAGUUCUUGAGAAAUCAACAAUUGAUCCAUAAGCAAGAUAUCCACCAUACACCGAUAGCAAAAAAAGCUAAAUGAAAUUCUUAAGUAUGCUAGGAACAUAGACCCAAUCAGAAGUUUUGUAUAAACUAUUAUUGGUACUCCUUCUUUUGGGAGUAAUUAUAUACGUAACAUGUUUUUGUGGCUGUUCUAAAAAUAAGCAAUAAGCCGAUUUAUGAUAUCAUUAAAAUAUAAAGAGCAAUUAAUUAUAUAUAUGUAUAUUA